AUGGGCGCCUCCCCGGCGACGGUGGCUGGCGGUGACCCGAUGAGUGCGUCGGCUGCCCAUGCCCAACUCAAAAAGGUUAAGAAGCAAAAGGUGUUGCUCAUGGGAAAAAGCGGUUCGGGGAAAUCCAGUAUGCGUAGUAUCAUAUUUAGUAAUUACCUCGCCCGGGACACCCGCCGAUUGGGCGCCACCAUCGACAUCGACCUGUCCCACGUCAAGUUCCUGGGCAACCUGACGCUGAAUCUCUGGGACUGCGGCGGUCAGGAGGCUUUUAUGGAGAACUACCUCUCGCAGCAGCGCGCCCACGUCUUCAGCAACGUCGGCGUGCUCAUCUACGUCUUUGACAUCGAGAGCCGCGACGUGGAGCGCGACCUGGCCACCUACGUCAACAUCAUCAGCGCCCUUGUGCAGUACUCGCGUGAAGCUAAGGUCUUCGUGCUCAUCCACAAGAUGGAUCUGAUCCAGCCCAUGACGCGCGAGGACGUCUUCGAUCAGCGAGCUACGCUCGUCCGGCGCAAGACCGCCGAGGCCGUCGCCAUCAUGCACAAGCAAAAGCCCGAACAAGGCGCUGGCAGCGGCAGCAACAACCAAGCCCUCCAACCCUCCCCCUCCCCCACCCAAUCCACCAGCACCUCCACCCCCACCACCACCGAACCACCCAUCAACCUCCAACUCUUCGCGACCUCCAUCUGGGACCAAUCCCUCUACAAAGCCUGGGCCUCGAUCAUCCACGACCUGGUCCCCAACCUGUCGGUAAUCGAAACGCAACUGGCCAGCCUCGGGCUGGCCAUCGACGCGGACGAGAUCCUGCUCUUCGAACGGACCUCGUUCCUGGUCGUCUCCCGCUGGACGUCGCGCGAAGGGGAGCGCAACCCGUACGGGGAUCGGUUCGAGCGCAUGAGCAACAUCCUCAAGAGCUGGAAGCACACGUGCUCCAAGUACACGGGCACGCCGCGCAACGCGGAGCAGUUCUCCGACUUUGAGUACAAGAUGGGCGCCACGUUCAGCAUGUUUGCGACGAAAUUUACGACCAAUACCUAUAUCCUCGUGUGCAUGCCGCCGGGGGAGGCCAGGUUCAAUAGUGCGAAGCUGAAUGUGGCGGCCGCGAGGUCGUGGUUUAAGUUUUUGGAUGGGCCUGUGGUCCCGACGCAGCAGGCUGGUGGUGCGAGGGGGAUGGGCGGUUCGUCGGGGUAUGGAGGGGAAGGGGUGGGGGCGCCGGAGAGCUGA